AUGAUGUUAUCGUUGUAUAUUCUGCUUGUGUUUGGAUCACCCAUCAUCGCCGAUAGUACUGAUAAACUGAUCUCUGCUAUAGUGUUAUUUCGACAUGGUGAUCGUGCGCCUUAUGACAGACUCUCUAAUGAAUCGUACAGGAGCUAUUUUCCUUACGGCUUGGGCCGGCUCACUCCUAAAGGCAUCGAACAUACUUAUGAACUUGGUACAUUUUUACGUCAACGAUACGUGGACACUGGUUUCCUGCAAACUCCUCUGCACGCAGAACAGGUAUAUUUUCGGAGCAAAGCGAAUGAUCGCUGCUUGAUGAGCGCAUCACUUGUUGCUCAAGCCAUGUUCAAUAAUGGCAGUGACAUCCUCCCAGUUGCUCCCAUAUUCAGUCAGGAGUCAAAAGACUGGCUAUUGAGCGGGGACUUGAUAUGUGAUGAGAUAUCGGAACGAAUCCAGGCCAAAUGUAAUCGGACUCCCAAGCCACAUUAUGAGCAGUAUACCGAAUUCCAAGGACUCGUUUUUGAAUGUCUUGGCUUGCACAAGAACAAUACAAUUUUUCCCACUGGCAAAAGUUUCGAAUUAGCAGAAUCGCUGAUUAGUGAGGACAAAAACGGAUUGCCGAUGCCCAAAUGGUACGAAGAACACAGAGACGAGAUUUACAAAUACUUCCUACAGGUUGAAAACUUCAUCGCUGGUGCUGCUCAGUAUCACAGCCCUAAAAGUCUGCGCAUGCACUCUGGUUACCUACUUCAUUCUAUAUUAGACAAAUUUAAUGCUAGUUGGGCAAGAUUUUCAACUCAUGGUACACUGGAGACAAAGAAGUUCGUGGCAAUAUCAACGCAGGACUGGCUUAUGCAAGCGUUUAUGGAUUCACUUGGAAUCAGAGCCGCUUCUCUGGGCGAAAGCACCUAUCCUCCUUUCAAUUCACUUAUAAUAUUGGAACUACAUUUGCUCAAAAAUGAACCCGUAAUCAAGGCCUUUUACCGCGAUCACCUCAACGCCACAGUAAGCGACGUAACUGCAUCUAUUCGGAAUUGUCACUCAAAAGACGCUUGUCCGUUGAAAAACGUACUCAGUUGCUGCGAUGAUUAUAUCAACCUAAACCCAGAAGAGACUUGCCACGCAUCACACGCAGAAGAACUGUCGAUGAACAAUGGCGCUUAUAUGAAAGUUUCGCCUGUUUCAAUAUUUUUGUUGUCAAUUGGUCUACUUUAUUGGCUCACGUUCAUUGAUUAAUUUAAGUAAAGCUUAUAACA